CUGGGGCGGGGCCUCCCGCCGGCCGGCAGGGGGCGCGCGCCUGGCGAGGAGGCUACGCUUUCAUGGAGGGGGCGGAGGCGGAAGCGCGGGAGGGGGCCUCAGUGGCCCGGGACCUGCUGGCCUUGGGGUAUGAGGGCUUCUCGGGGGCGCCGUCUCUGGGCCCCUCGUGUCCAAACUUCAGGGCGCUGUGCGCGCGGCUGGCGGCGGAGCUGGCGUCUCUGGGCGCCCUGGAGCGGGAGAGAGGAGAGAGCGCGGAGGCGCUGAGGGCCGGCGACGGCCCCGACGCGGAGGAGGAAUUCCUGCGACAGUUGCCCGGCCUGCUGCAGGAGUUGCAUUGCCCAGACCGCGCGCUCUGCGGCGGAGAGGGCGCGGCGGCGCUGCGGGAUCCCAGCGCGUGCCUUCGUCUGCUGCGUGAGCCGGGGAUGCGGAAGUGGGCGAGGCUACUUGGCUCUCUUGCCUCCGGAGGGGCGGGCUCAGCACAGCCGAGCGGAGCCAGGGUUCGCCCCCUCCAGGGGGGCGUGGUUAGAAUUGAGGGGGGCGAGAGGGUUCGAGGCUUUCUCUGCUCGGAGCUCCAGGCUGCCCGCCUCCUCUGUCUGUAUCGCCGGCUGGAUCCCAGCCCCGCACCGCCCUGUGGGGAGGGGGUAGAGGAGGGAGCUGGCAUGGUUCAGGAACUGGUCCUUACCCUCCGAGCUCUGGGGCUGCCCAGGCCGAAGCCUGGGACCGCCGCCAGCCGGCUGCUGUGGGAGUUACACGACAAGAUCUCUGAGCUGCUGCCUUCCCUGCCCCCAGGGUGCCUGCAGCCCCUCCUCAGCUUCCCCCUGGAUGCACCCAGAUGGGAGGCACUGGAGUCUCUGUGCCAAAGGUUGGGAGACCAGUACUGCUGCCGCCGCUGCCUGCUCCUGAAACGCCUGGACCUCACAACAUCGUCUUUCCACUGGAGUGAUCGGGCAGAGGCCCAAGGAGAAGCCAUGAAGGCAGUGCUGAUCCCAAUUCGAGAGGCUCUGACCCCAGAAUCAGAUGUCUCCAUCGCACACGUCCUGGCUGCCCGAGCAGACCUGUCUCGUCUUGUCCCAGCCACCAGCAAGGCCGCCCGCCGAGGGACCUGCUGUGCCAUCAACAAGGUGCUUAUGGGCAAUGUGCCAGACCGGGGGGGGCCGUCCAAAUGAGCUGGAGGCUCCCAUGCCCAGCUGGCAGAGCAGAAGAGAGGACGGAGGUGGGCGAAAAGCAGGCCACCAGAACUGGGGUCGCAAGAAGAAGAAGAAAUAAAGGGGGACUGGUGGUUGGGUGGGGGGAUCCUUUGUGACAUGCCAUUGGUAAUCCUUGGGAGUCACUUUGAGUUUUUCUUGGCAUCUGACUUCCAGGCCCCACAUCUCCUGCUCCUAAGGUCCCACAUGUCCUCCCCACAUCCCCCACUCCACAACAAGGACCGUGUUCUCUGGAAAAUAAAUUUAAUUGAUGACA